GAAUAAUUAUUUUUUGUAUUAAUAAUGUCCAAUGCUAGACGCCGUAGCUGUGACGAUAAGAAGGGUGACUUGAGAGGCAAUAAGAAGUCUAAAAUGGCAGGAAAAGGAGCUGAAAUAGCAGACACGGAACAUAAAAACGUGUUAAAUGAAGAAGAUCUUGAGAGGCAACAUUUUAUGCGAAUUCUAGCUGCAUUUAUGUAUUACAAGAAUUAUGCUUCAAGUCGAGUUGAUCAGGCACAUGCAUCCUUCAAAUCUAUUCCAAAGUAUCAUCAAGAUCUGCUACCGGACUUCAUCCCUCAUCUCAAACAGAUCAGACACUGCAUCGAUCAUAACUUUGAAAUCAUCAAACUCAUGCUAGAUAGUACGAGGGAUAUGUUUGAGAACAGCUCAGAGAUGAUAAAUGAUGAGGGUUCCGAGGCCAAAGCUGUGGUGAAGAUGGACAUGGAGAAAGUAGUGACCACCUUAAAGCAGUUCUUCCGAGAUUGGAGCUCCGGUGGCAAGGAAGAGAGGGAUGCAUGUUAUAAACCUAUCAUUGAAGAAAUCAAACAGUUAUACCCCAAUCAUAAAUGUAAUGCAGAUGGCGUGGAUGUGUUGGUUCCUGGUGCAGGGUUAGGCAGGUUAGCCUUUGAGAUAGCAAGCAAUGGAUACCGCUGUCAGGGCAAUGAAUUCAGUCUCUUCAUGCUCAUUGCUUCACACUUUGUUCUCAACAAGUCCACAGAAACAGACAUGUUUACCUUGUAUCCAUGGAUACAUGCAUUUAGCAACAACAAAUCAUCAGCCAAUCAGAUCAGCCCAAUCCACUUUCCUGAUAUCAACCCCAUGCUCCUUUCCCCUGAUGCACAGUUUUCUAUGGUAGCUGGAGAUUUCCUUGAAGUCUAUACAGAUGAAGCAUCCUGGGACUGCGUAGCUACCUCAUAUUUCAUAGAUACAGCCAACAACAUCCUGGCUUACAUUGAGAAGAUAUACCAUAUCCUUAAACCUGGUGGACACUGGAUUAAUUUAGGUCCUCUACUUUAUCACUUUGAAAAUAUGCCUAAUCAGGAUUCCAUAGAAAUCAGCUAUGAUGUUCUACGUAGAGUCAUUCUGGAUAUGGGCUUUAAAAUGCUGAAAGAGAACACGUCAGUGAGAUCAACAUACAUCCAAGAUCCAGCAUCCAUGAUGAGAUACUCCUAUGAAUGUGCCUUCUUUGUCUGUCAAAAACCAUCUUCAUCUCAAGAAAGCAUGCAGGAGCAAUUAUGACACACCUUCAUCUCCUAUUUAUAUGCCAAAUAUGCCACUAGUUGUCUUCAGAUGUUUAUAUUUUUCUUUUACAAUCAUGUUAUUUGGCUUUGUUUUUUGUGUGUAGUGGGUGUAUGAUAAUUUUGGACUGUGAGAAUGAAUAUAUAUAUGAAAUGAAAUGAAUUUGAGUUACUUGAUUUGCAAUAAAUUUAAAUGGAUUUCACAGCUGAUAACAAUUAAGCCAUUAUACGAUUGGAAAUACAGUACCAGUUUUACUUCAUUCCAAAUUUUACCCCCUACAUCAAAUGAACAUACAUGGACUUUGUGACAUUUAAUAUUGUAUUUAUUCAAACAAGAUCAAUAAAGGUGUGUGGAUGAUACAAUGUCAACCUACAUGUACAUUCCUAUGUAUGGUUUGUAUAUCAUACCAAGGGACCUCACAUAUAAAAAGCAACUUUCAUCAGCCAGACUUUCUUCUUUACCAGUAAUUGGAUAUCCCUGAAGCCUGUAGGUAGAUUAGCAAUAGUUACCGUAGUGGUACAUUAAGACAUUUCUGGAACUCAAAAUGCAUCAUGUUGAAAUCCUAAUUGUAUUGCAUGAGAUACAAUAUUGUAUUAGGACAUAGAGAUGGGAAAUAUCUCUGCUAUGUAUUAUGGAAACUAUCAUUGAGAUACGUCAAUGUUCACUGUCUGAUAUUACUAACAAUUCAUAUGUUUAGAGCCAGAAGGGGAUCAACUCUGUGUAGCAUUGUAUGAGUUAUUAAACACCCACUGGCUCCAAACAGACAAAUCAUGUCUGUAACUUUACAUGCCCGGCCGCUACAUUUGGCUAAAUUACCUUACCUGGAAAAUCAAAUUUAGAAUCACAUGUUAUGUAAUCAACCUAUGAUUUAAUAUUAUUUUUAAUAAAUAUUUUAUUAGAAAUCUGUAGAUAUACAUCUAAGUUAUUCAGUAAAAAUAUUGUAAAUUCAGAAUAUGUUUGACUCAAGUAAUAAUUUUGAAUAAUUGACUUAUUUUGUAAAUAUAUUGUAAAAUAUGUCCUGUAUCUUGGUUGAAAAAAAAAAGAAAUUGGAUAAUUAUGUACAAUGAAUUUCCGGUAUUUUGAUUAUGAUAUAUUAUGAAAAGGGUAGUCAUGAUAUCAUGAAAACAUAAAAGAGAUUUCUGAAAAGAUUGUAAUUUCUACAAUCAUGGUUAUUAUCAAAUCGAGGGAGAAAACAGACAACAGAUUCUAUGAAAGCUUUUAUAUUUGAAUCUUUCCAUUUCUCCCCAACAUUUCUAAACAGAUUUACACACAAUUCAUAACCAAACCUGAAGGAAUAGUACCUUUGAUUAGACCAGAUCUAGAGAUCUAGAUUUAAAGAAAUUGAAAAUUAAAUUUGAAAAUUUCAAAUCCAUUUCAGUAUUUAGUACAUAUGAAUACGGUCAUUUGCAAUUUGUAUUUGAAAUAAUAUUGUAGAAUGAAAUGAAUGACGGUGCAUCGCUUUUGGCUUCAUUUUGAAUCUAAGAAUAAGUGAAAAUGAACUUUACAAUGUUAAUAUUUAAUUUCAAAUUUCAUAUCAAAUAAUUGUAGAUGAACUAUUUUGUACAAAUUAAUUGAAUUUAAUGGAUAUGGUAGAUUUCAAAAUGGUUAUUGGGUCUAAUUUACCUGCUAUAAAUGAAUGUAAACUUAUAUUUUGUAAUAAAUCUUGCAUAUAUGCAUUGUAACU